CCUUGACUGCAGGGCGGCGGGGGUAGUGACGGGAGCGCGGGCUUCGGGAGCGCGCGGUCCGCCAUGAAGCAAGAGGAGGAUGCCAGCCCAGAGGCUGACUUCUGUUUGGGUUCCGCCCUACAAUCCUGGGGCCUGCAGUUGACGGAGCAGCACUCACAGUCCACCAUGCUGAUGGGGAUUGUGAUUGGAGCCCUGCUGGCCCUGGCCCUCGUUGGCAUCACUGUCUUUUUUGUGUACAGAAGGGUUAGCCAAGUCCGACAGGUACAGCCCACUCCUCAGUACAGGUUCCGGAAGAGAGACAAAGUGAUGUUUUAUGGCCGGAAAAUCAUGAGGAAGGUGACCACGCUGCCCCACGCGCUGGUGGGUAGCACGGCGACCCCCCGGCAGCGGGUGCGGAGGAGGCCCAAGGUGCUGUCUUUGGCCAAGAGGAUUCUGCGUUUUAAGAAGGAGUACCCAGCCCUGCAGCCAAAGGAGCCUCCGCCCUCCCUGCUGGAGGCUGACCUCACAGAGUUCGAUGUGAAGAACUUGCACCUGCCAUCAGAAGUUUUGUACAUGCUGAAGAACGUGCGGGUCCUGGGCCACUUUGAGAAGCCACUGUUCCUGGAACUUUGCAAACACAUGGUCUUUGUGCAGCUGCUCGAAGGAGAACAUGUCUUCCAGCCAGGGGAGCCGGAUACCAGCAUCUAUGUGGUGCAGGAUGGGCGCCUGGAAGUCUGCAUCCAGGACGCGGACGGCGCUGAGGUGGUGGUCAAAGAGGUUCUGGCCGGAGACAGCGUCCACAGUCUCCUCAGCAUCCUGGACGUCAUCACCGGCCACACCGCUCCGUACAAAACUGUGUCCGCCCGCGCUGCUGUGCCUUCCACCGUCCUCCGGCUCCCAGUGCUGGCUUUUCAAGGCGUGUUUGAGAAGUAUCCUGAGACCCUAGUGAGGGUGGUGCAGAUCAUCAUGGUGCGGCUACAGAGGGUCACCUUUCUGGCUCUGCACAACUACCUGGGCCUGACCACAGAGCUCUUCAACCCAGAGAGCCAGGCCAUCCCCCUGGUGUCUGUGGCAAGUGUGGCUGCCGGGAAGGCCAAGAGGCAGGCCUGCUGCGGCUCCGAGGAUCGUCUGGAGAGGCCCCUGCGGCCCCAGGAGACCUGCGACCCAGCGGAUCGAGGGGGCAGCCGUGCAGCGGGCUCGGGGCCACCGCUGAAGAGGAGCCGGUCCUUCCCACUGCCUUCCGUCCACGAAGAGACCCUGGAUGAGCUCAGCAAGGCCCGGGCAGGAGACCAGACGCCUCUUGUCCCACCCGGGAACAUAGCAGGGGCUACCUCAGACCUGAGGAUGGCAUGUGACCGUGCCAGGGUCCUCCUCCAGGCAGAGGAAUGCCCCGGGAGCGCCAUGGCCAGCAAGUCCAAGAGGAACGUGACUGUUGCAGACGCUCCCUCCGCGGUCUUCCACUACUCAGAGACCAACUCCGACAAGACUGCCUGCAGCAGGAAGACAGACGCCAUCUUCAGAGCCGCCAAGAAGGACCUGCUCACCCUCAUGAAGCUGGACGACCCCUCGCUCUUGGAUGACCGGGUGUCGCUGCUUCACGUUCCGGGGGGCACGGUGGUGUCGAGGCAAGGAGACCAGGACGUGAACAUCCUAUUUGUGGUGUCGGGGCUGCUGCACGUGUACCAGCGGAAGAUUGACAGCGAAGAGGACACCGGCCUGUUCUUCGUGCGCCCCGGGGAGAUGGUGGGCCAGCUGGCCGUGCUCACAGGAGAGCCCCUCAUCUUCACCAUCAAGGCCAACAGGGACUGCAGCUUCCUCUCCAUCUCCAAGGCCCACUUCUAUGAAAUCAUGCGGAAGCAGCCCACCGUGGUCCUGGGUGUCGCGCACACUGUGGUGAAGCGGGUGUCGUCCUUCGUGCGGCAGAUCGACUUUGCACUGGACUGGAUGGAGGUGGAGGCCGGGCGCGCGGUGUACAGGCAGGGGGACAAGUCAGACUGCACCUACAUCGUCCUCAGUGGCCGGCUGCGCUCCGUGAUCCGCAAGGAUGAUGGCAAAAAGCGCCUGGCGGGCGAGUAUGGCCGUGGAGACCUCAUUGGUGUGGUGGAGACGCUCACCCACCAGGCCCGGGCAACCACAGUGCAUGCUGUUCGGGACUCGGAGCUGGCCAAGCUUCCAGCGGGAGCCCUGACCUCCAUCAAGCGCAGGUACCCACAGGUUGUGACUCGGCUGAUUCACCUCUUGGGUGAGAAGAUUCUGGGCAGCCUCCAGCAGGGACCUGCGACAGGUCACCAGUUUGGGCUACACGCCGCCAGCAGCAAGUGGGACUCGGGGAACCCUGCCAGCAACCUCUCCACGGUGGCUGUCAUGCCUGUGUCAGAGGACGUGCCCCUCACUGCCUUCGCCCUGGAGCUCAAGCAUGCCCUCAGUGCCAUCGGCCCCGUCCUGCUGUUGGCCAGUGACAAUGUAAAACAGCGCCUCGGCUCUGCUGCCCUGGACAGUAUCCAUGAGUACCGGCUGUCCAGCUGGCUGGGGCAGCAGGAGGACAUCCACCGGAUCGUGCUGUACCAGGCGGACGGCACGCUCACACCAUGGACCCAGCGCUGCAUCCGGCAGGCUGACUGCAUCCUCAUCGUGGGCCUGGGCGAGCAGGAGCCCUCAGUGGGCGAGCUGGAGCGGAUGCUGGAGAGCACAGCCGUGCGUGCCCAGAAGCAGCUGAUCCUGCUGCACCGGGAGGACGGGCCAGCGCCCUCUCGCACCGUCGAGUGGCUGAACAUGCGUAGCUGGUGCUCUGGCCACCUGCACCUCUGCUGUCCUCGCCGCGUCUUCUCCAGGAGAAGCCUGCCCAAGCUGGUGGAAAUGUACCAGCGAGUCUUCCAGAGGCCCCCAGACCGGCACUCGGACUUCUCCCGCCUGGCUCGGGUGCUGACCGGCAACGCCAUUGCCUUGGUGCUUGGGGGAGGGGGGGCAAGAGGCUGUGCCCAGGUCGGCAUCAUCCGGGCCCUGACGGAGUGUGGCAUCCCCGUGGACAUGGUUGGAGGGACGUCCAUCGGGGCCUUCAUGGGCGCCCUGUACGCCGAGGAGCGGAACUACAGCCAGAUACGGAUCCGGGCCAAGCAGUGGGCUGAGGACAUGACGUCGAUGGUGAAGACUGUGUUGGACCUGACCUACCCGAUCACGUCUAUGUUCUCGGGCGCCGGCUUUAACAGCAGCAUUUGUAGCGUCUUCAAGGACCGGCAGAUUGAGGACCUGUGGAUCCCCUACUUCACCAUCACCACGGACAUCACGGCCUCUGCCAUGAGGGUCCACACGGAUGGCUCCCUGUGGAGGUACGUGCGUGCCAGCAUGUCUCUGUCAGGCUAUAUGCCUCCCCUCUGCGACCCCAGAGACGGACACCUGCUGAUGGACGGGGGCUACAUCAACAACCUCCCAGGCUCUGCCCCGCCCCCCAGCCCUACUCCCCUCUGGGGCUCUGCAGGCCUGUCCCAGGCGGUAACCACGGCUGUCUCCUCCCCAGCGGAUGUGGCCAGGUCUAUGGGGGCGAAGGUGGUGAUUGCCAUCGAUGUGGGCAGCCAGGACGAGACGGACCUCACCAACUACGGCGACGCACUGUCUGGGUGGUGGCUGCUGUGGAAACGUUGGAACCCCUUGGCCACAAAAGUCAAGGUGUUGAACAUGGCGGAGAUCCAGACGCGCCUGGCCUACGUGUGCUGCGUCCGGCAGCUGGAGAUGGUGAAGAACAGCGAGUACUGUGAGUACCUGCGCCCCCCCAUCGACGGCUACGGCACUCUGGACUUCAGCAAGUUCAACGAGAUCUGCGAAGUGGGGUACCAGCAUGGCCGGACGGUCUUUGACAUCUGGGGUCGGAGUGGCGUGCUGGAGAAGAUGCUGCAGGACCGACAGGGGCCGAGAAAGAUGAAGGCCUGUGACGUCCUCACCUGCCCCAACGCCUCCUUCACUGACCUUGCGGAGAUUGUAUCUCGCAUCGAGCCGGCCAAGGCAGCCACGGUGGACGAUGAGUCUGACUACCAGACGGAGUAUGAGGAGGAGCUGCCGGACGGCCCCAAGGAUGCGUAUGCGGACUUCCAGAGCGCCCCGGCCCAUGCAGGCUCGGACUCGGACGACGAGUCCUCCCUCCGGCAUUGAAACCCCAUCUGGCUUCCCAGAACUGCCCCCCGGGCUGCUGCUACCCUUGGCACUCAGACUGCGAUGGACAGAGGUCUCCCCUCCCGUGCACCCUAGAGCAGCACCCAUGGAGGGCCUCUCCCCCAGCCUGCCAGCGAGACCUGGCGGGGAGCCCCCUAGUCAGCCUCCCUGGUGUUGGAGGCCCAGCUGCGUGGUGGGGCACUGGGUGCGGACAGCAGUCCCUGGGCUGUGCCCGCCACUGUGGGGCCCGGUGCCUCGGACAGGUAUUGGAAUUCCCCGUGCACCUGCUUAAUGUAUCAAUAAAGGUGGAUCCCACCGUG